AUGAAUAAAUUUAUAAUUCAUCAUAAUUCUACAUCUCAAAAUAAAGAUAAAAGUAAUGAAAAUUCUGAUUCAGAAGAUAAAAAUAAUAAUAUACAAAAUCAAAAAAAAACUUGCACUAGUUGGAAUAUAAAUUGGUCUAAAAUAUAUCUCUGGCUUAGAAAAAUUGAAAAUGACAAUGAUGUUAUUAUAUUAUUUUAUACAUGGUGUAAAUUA